AUGCCUGAUAUCUAUGCAGUUCAACAACAACCUAAACCACAACGCUUAUCAGAUAAAGAGAUGCGGCAAUUAUUAACCAAUUUAAAAAAAGAAGCUGACAAGUCUCCGGAAGAAAAAGGCAGUUUUGGUUUAGAAGUAAUUUGUAGCGGUAAGGAUAUGGAGAGUAAUAAUUAUAAUUGGUAUGGACGAACCAGAUUGGGUAAAGAGGAGAUUGGCGGAUUAAAAAGUGAUAUCCCUAAUUUUAAUAAAUUGUUUGGUUUUCGUAAACUGGUUAACACUAUCGCUCAUGAGUUGGCUCAUUGUCUUAUGGCUAAUUAUAAAUUGCAAUUUGGUUAUAAGCAUGAUAAAAGCCAUGGUGGAUUAACCCAAGACAUUGAGGCUUUUUUAUGGACUUUACCAGAAAUUAAAGAAUUAGAGAGAUUACAAGGUUUUCAGUGA